AUGUCCGGGACCGUAGAGGAAUCCUGUAGCCGUUCUGUAAUUCCUGACGUGGAUUCUCCUGCAGCGGACGCUACAUUUGAUGAUCCCCCACCGCCUUAUCCAUCGCGAGAACGGCGCUCGCGCGCGGCUCGCCAUAGUCGGAGGCAUCGCUUGCCAGCGUCAUUAUCGCCCCAAGCGCUCGCAAAUUCAGAUCGUGCUGCAGGAUAUGUAUCCCCACAAUCAUUAGUGCCAACUCACUCGUUUCCCCGUACGGAAGAUGCCACAGAGCAGACACCACUGCUUGGUGAUUCUCCGCUAGGUUCCACCCAUCGUGCAUCGGAGCGUCGGAGGACGCAUUCGCUGUCAAGCACAAUCGUUUCAUCAAAUUCGUGUGCUCCAUCUCUAGCACAAACAGUGUUAUCCCUGCUUCAUUCUGACCUAGACGACGAAUCUGACAUGGACAUAUUUGAAGCGCUCGCCGAUGACCGUGACUAUCCGGGUGCACAAGAUGGUCAUGACAGGCGUCACCAACAUUCUGGUGAACCAAUAGCGCAUCGGUGGCCGCUUUUUUCGCGGCGCUGCUGGUCUCGAUACUUCCGACCCAUGACUCGCAGAGCAUAUCAUGCGGCUGUAUUCCAUCUUCUAGUGCUCAACUUUCCCUAUGCCCUUCUUGCAUGGGUUUACCUUUUUGUAUUUACUUUGACUGGUACGAUGUUAUUAAUUGCCUUGCCUUUGGGUGCUCUCCUUUGUUUCCUGGAUUUGCUCGGUGCCAGAGUGUUCGCGAGGGGAGAACUCGCUCUUCAAACAACGUUCCAUGGGCCUCUUGCUUACCCCCUUCCCUAUCCGCCUCGACCUAUUUUCCAGCGGGUGCGACCGGCGCGGUCCUCUGCGUUAGAGUCCGGGUCACCAUAUCAUGAAUCCUCAUUCUACAAAAAACACAUACGCCAUGCGUUAUUUUACUUCUUGGUUAUCAAACCAAGUAUCACGCUGUUCCUAACUAUCGCUCUGCUGGUAGUUGUCCCUGUGUCGUAUGUGCUGGUAUUUCCCGCGCCAAUGGUUCUCAGAAUCGUUCGGAAACUGGGAAUAUGGCAGGCCAAUGUUGCAGUAGAAGGAUUAUACUUGGCGGUGUUGUGA